AUGGCGACCAACAACACUUCCAGCUCUAACGGUAACCACCCUAUGACCUACCUCUUCUCCCAACCCGACCACGGCCAUCUCGUACCCUACCUAGCCGCGCUCCACGCCUCAUGCAUCACCCAAGACCAAAUGGUCGGCCCCUUCCUGCCGCCGCUGACCAACGAAAAGCUGCUUACCUGGUGGAAGGAGCGCAUCGCGGAAGCCAACCGCGGCGUGCGCAUCAUCGUGCUUCUGCUCAACCCGUCUUCGUCGGCCGACCUCAAGAACGGCGGCAAGCCCGCGGGCACGGAUCUGCGGGGGCUGGGCAUGGUCAAGUUGUCGGAGAGCGAAACUGGGAGCUUUAGGGGGCAUAUUGAUGCUGUGCUAGUCGAUCGGAGGUAUCGGCGGCAGGGGGGUGCCAGGGCGCUAGUCGCGGCGCUAGAGUACGAGGCUGUGAAGAGGGGACGGACUUUGCUGCUCACCAACACUGAGACGGGCAGCGUGGCCGAGGAGGCCUUCAGGAAGUUUGGCUACAUCGAGAUCGGCAAGGUACCUCACUUUAGCCGUACCUUGACACCAGGCGUCAAGAAAGGCGGCACGUUUUUCUACAAGGAGUUUCAGGUGGUAGCUCCAUAG